AUGGUAGCAUUAGAACGAUGGCUUUGCCGUCACCGGCACAUCUUCCCCACCAUAACCACGACAUCGACAUCUUCAAGACGCAAUUACUCGACACAUCCUCCUAAUGCCCGCUUGAACAAGCCUAUAGAUUUCUCGACGACCCCGAUCCUACACCAUACCGCCUCCUCCGCCCUCGCCACCCCUCUGCUCCCUCCCGCCGCCCGGAAAUCCAAAACCUCCCGCCAGAACCUCUUCCAAUCCAUCAACUCCGCCCUCCGCCAUGCCCUCUCCUCCGACGAGCAAGUCCUCCUCUUCGGCGAGGACGUUGCCUUUGGCGGCGUGUUCCGGUGCUCCAUGGACCUUGCUGCCGACUUUGGCAGCGAGCGCGUCUUUAAUACCCCGCUGACGGAGCAAGGUAUAGUCGGGUUUGCCAUCGGAUGUGCCGCGGAAGGGAUGAAACCGGUAGCGGAGAUACAGUUUGCGGACUAUGUGUAUCCUGCCUUUGACCAGCUGGUGAAUGAGGCGGCGAAGAUGAGAUAUAGGGCGGGCUUGACCGGCAAGCCUGGUCCAGAUGGCGAGAGAGGCAUGCAUUCUGGGGGCCUGGUGGUUCGUAUGCCGUCCGGUGGAGUCGGUCACGGCGCCCUAUACCACUCGCAGUCCCCAGAGUCACUGUUCACCCACGUUCCGGGACUGCGCGUUGUCGUGCCGCGGAGUCCCAUCCAAGCGAAAGGGAUGUUACUGUCGGCCAUCCUGGAUUGCAACGAUCCCGUGGUGUUCCUCGAGCCGAAGAUCCUCUACCGCGCCGCCGUGGAGCAGGUGCCUAUGGAUCCGUAUUUCCUUCCCCUGGACAAGGCCGAAGUCUUGAAGCAGGGAAAGGAUGUCACGGUCAUCUCAUACGGCACGCCCCUCUACUCGUGUUCGGCAGCCAUUGAGGCCAUCGAGAAAGAUCUAGGGGUCAGCGUGGAGCUGAUUGAUCUGCGGUCGAUACAUCCGUGGGAUAGACCCACUGUUUGGGAAAGCGUGAACAAGACCGGCCGGGCUGUUAUCGUCCAUGAGAGCAUGGUAAACGCGGGCGUCGGUGCGGAGGUUGCCGCUACGAUCCAGGAAGGCUCGUUUCUUCGUCUGGAGGCACCGGUGAUCCGAGUCGCUGGCUGGACUACGCAUGUUGGACUGGUUUUUGAAAAGUUCAAUAUCCCUGACGUGACACGUAUCUACGAUGCUAUCAAGCGAUCGGUUGAAUAUUAA